AUGUACACCAUGUCGCUGUCAACACUUCAGCCGCUUUGCUACUGGACAAUCACACCGCUAUUCGCUAUUGCUACGUUCUUCAACGCAGGGCUCCAAGCUAUCCUAUAUGUGUUCCUCAAAUAUGGUGCCGGCUUGCACAUCAUAAAAGUGCAAACCGAGCACCCUGAUUACAUCACUCAACUCCUCAAGGGGCUUUUCGCCAUCGAGAUCUACUACAUCUGGAUGCACUUCCAUCUCAAGAUGGGCUUCCUGCUCUUUUACAUGCGUCUCUCUCACGUUCAAUCUUUCCGCAUCCUUAUUUACAUGGCAAUGGUGUGCAACGCUCUUUCAAAAUACCCCGACACCAUCUGCCUGAACAGCUCAGUCACUUACUUUGUCCCCUACUCCCUUAUGCUGUCGUUGGACAUUGCCAUCUUCAUCAUUCCAAUUCAUACAGUCUGGAAGCUGCAGAUGACCCUGCGCCGGAAACUCCAAGUGCUUAGUGUCAUCUGCACCGGUGGUGCCGCCGUCCUCGUCUCCGCGCUCCGUCUUGUGGUACUGCUCGAAUUCUCCAGAAGUCCCGAUUUCACUUGGACACUGGGCAAGAUGAUCAUCAUCUCCUCCUUCGAGAUCAAUGUUGCUAUCAUCGCGUCCAACAUGCCUUCCAUGAAAGCUCUCUGGACCAGCUGGCGGGAUGGAACAUUGAGCUCACAGCAAUCAAAAUAUUCCCAGCACCACCAGCUCUCCGAUAUUCCAUCGAGCGGACAGCAAUCACGGUCGGCAUCAAAGAAUCGAGUAACGAAGGACAGGGCAGUUGUCACUCACUCGCCGCAUUAG